GGACCCAGCGGCCUGCACUGUACAAUAGGACUGUUGUGUCGUGGUGGUGGUGGACGGCAGAUUGCAGCUUCGAGAGACUGACAGUGUGGAGCAGAAAUAGACAAAAAAACAACCCGGAUACUUUCAUUAACAGCUCGCCCGAAGACUUAUCUUGGAGAGCGGUGUGCACACGGCGAUUUCAGCCCAGGCGUGGAUCUGUAGAGCCGGUGAGAGGUCUAAGGGAUGAGAGGUGGAUGACGAGAACAGUCCUAAGGAGUAACCUAGCAUGCUCUACGACUUGAAAUUUAUGGAUAUGACAGGAUGAAACGACUCAGGACUUCAAGCAGCAGUGACAGUUCAGACAAUGAAGCAGCUCCCUCCACCUCCUUCUCUUCAAACAAAUAUGGAAGCAAACCUGGAACCCCCGCCUCUGCGCAGAAAAAGCCGGCAGAGGUGUUCAGAAAAGACCUGAUCAGUGCCAUGAAGCUGCCAGACUCUCAUCACAUCUCUCCAGAAGACUACUACCUGCUGGCUGACACAUGGAGACAAGAAUGGGAGAAAGGUGUACAGGUCCUAGCCAGUCCAGAUACCAUUCCCCAGCCCUCUAUAAGGAUAAUAGCUGAGAAACCGAAGGAAAUUCUGUUCUCCAGACAAAGGAAGUACAUCCAGUGCUGGAGUCAGGAUUCCACCGAAACUGGUUAUGUGAACAUUAAAGAGCUGGCUGAGGCCAUGUGCAGAUAUGACCUGGACGACAUGGACCUUUACUGGCUGCAAGAGCUCAACAUAGAGUUGGGUCAGAUGGGGGAGGGGUUCAUGGACGAGCUAACCAUGGAGCGAGCGAUGGAGGCUCUUGAGCGGAAGUGCCAUGAUAACAUGAACCAUGCUAUAGAAACUGAAGAAGGGCUUGGAAUUGAGUACGAUGAGGACGUCAUCUGUGACGUGUGCCGCUCGCCUGAUAGCGAGGAAGGAAAUGAUAUGGUCUUCUGCGACAAGUGCAACAUCUGCGUGCACCAGGCUUGCUAUGGCAUUGUGAAGGUUCCUGAUGGAAACUGGCUGUGCAGAACCUGUGUGCUUGGCAUCGACCCGCAGUGCAUUCUGUGUCCCAAAAAGGGAGGUGCCAUGAAGGCCACACGAGCAGGCACAAAGUGGGCACACGUUAGCUGUGCCCUCUGGAUACCUGAGGUGAGCAUUGCUUGUCCGGAGAGGAUGGAGCCAAUCACCAAAGUGUCUCACAUUCCACCCAGCCGCUGGUCUCUGAUCUGUAGCCUCUGUAAACUGAAGACUGGAGCCUGCAUACAGUGUUCAGUAAAGAACUGCACCAUUCCAUUUCACGUCACCUGCGCCUUCGAACACAGCCUGGAGAUGAAGACCAUCCUGGAUGAGGGAGACGAGGUCAAGUUUAAAUCCUACUGCCUGAAGCACAGCAAGUCCAAAACAGGAGAGUCUGGCUUGAGCCCAGCCAGACACAAACCCACAGAGACAGAAAAGGUGGGUCUGAGGGCGCAGAAGCUCCAGGAACUAGAGGAGGAGUUUUAUAAGUUGGUGCAGCCUGAGGAAGUAGCCCAAGAUCUGGGGCUGCCUCCCCACUUGCUGGACUUUAUCUACCAGUACUGGAAGCUGAAGAGGAAGACCAACUUCAAUAAAGCACUGCUGCCACCCAAAGAGGAUGAGGAGAACCUGCUGUUGCAACCACAGGAGGACAGCAUCCACACACGCAUGCGCAUGUUCAUGCAUCUACGGCAAGACCUGGAGAGGGUAAGAAACUUGUGCUACAUGGUGAGUCGGAGAGAGAAGCUUAAACUGUCUCAGAGUAAAGCCCAGGAGCAGAUCUUCAAUCUUCACGUCAAACUCGUAAACCAAGAACUCUCUGCAGGGCUGCCGGUGUCCUCAGCUGUGGAAAACCUGCUCUUCCGACCACCGCCGAGGAUAACUCUCAAACUCAAAAUGCCCAAAGUGUCACAGGGCAACAACAAACCCAGCGCCAAAUCAGGAAAUGGGCCACUGUGCCCAGACAACAGUAGUAAUGUGUAUGACCUCGGUGGCACGGGGGUCGGGCAGGGAAAACCUCAGCUCCACCACAGCCGUGCUCGGCGGGAGGAGCGCACCAACGGCCUUCUAAUUGCAGCGCGACGGGACAGCAGCAGCACCACCAAUACUUUACCAGUGCCCAUUAAACCAUCAGGCAAGCCUCUGGCAUUACAUGCUGCUCUCCAUGGCCAUUCGUCCAAUGGUAAGGGCAAGCCUGAACAAGAAAGGGACCGUCUUCUGAAGCCUAACGGCGUCAUGGAGAAGCCUGUAGUUCAGAGAGACACUUCCUACCAGAUGCCUUCUGAUCAGUCCACGUGCAAUGAGGUUUCUGGGAAGAGCCAGCCAGGGAGUUUUCAUAAAACCGCCAUAGAACAUUUUGGUAGAUCCUUCAAAGAGGCAACCGUCAACCUGGUACGGACUACAGAAGACUUCUGGACCGCCGAGAAGAGUGCACGCAAACUCAUCAGCAGCAAAGAGCGGACAAACUGUGCUAAACCUGUCGCUGAGCGACCGGUAGGUGGCGCCAGAACGUACCAGGACAGUGACGGGUACUGCCCCGACCUGGAGCUCAGUGACUCUGAGCCUGAGGCCAAGGGCAAGAGACUGCGGGCAGGCAAAGGACCAAGCGGGAGAAGCCCAUCAGCAAUCUACAGCCGUGGUGGCAGUCGAGCGAAAGUGACUUUAGGCUCCAGGACAGCAGUGCAGAGGUGACACACCUGAAAAAUGCAGCCUCAGUCCUUCAGACCCGCUGCUCUGGGUCUGUCACCGCAAUGCUCUGGCGGUCCUAAGAAGUGCCACACUCCAAGAAAUCCUUGUUGAGGAGGAGCCUUUGAUUGCUCUGGCCAUUGAGUCAAGCCAUCACAGAACGAAGGUCCAGUAAUCCUGCAGGGUCAGAGUUCAUACCAAAAAAAGGGACAGUAAAAAACAAAGUCCCUGGCUUAGUAUCCGAGGUCGCUGCCUUUCCCUCUGGUUCAGCAUUGCAGUUCCUCUGCUUCUGCUCAGAGUAACAGGGUUUCAGCUGCAGACUGACUCCACAAUACAGACAGGCCUUCUAGCAGUGUUGCUGUGUAUAUAUACUGGUUACAAAAAAAGAACAUUUGCUUUUAGGUUGUGUGUAUAUAUAGUAGCUCAUUUCAAGGGUUGUGGAAGUCAUGGUUGAAGUAACUUCUACAUGCUGAUAAGUCCUUGAUACGUCCUUGAUCCCUAUGGUUAUGCAAAUAAAUAAAAGCAAAAGAACUUCAGUGUUUUGAGUCUCACAAAUUGGUUGAAGGUAGCAGCUGGUUGCUUGGCUUUUCUUUGCUCUUUCGCGCUUUUUUUUGUGUUUUCAUUCAAUCUUUUGCUUUCACUGUGUUAGCAUAAGCAUGCUUGGCACAUUGUGUCUUUUUAUUCCCUUUUUUAUGUCAUUUUCGGUCCAAAAUGGUAGUUCAUCUGUUUUGUUUUCAGACUUGGCCAACAACACUUUGUAUUAUUCUCUUUCAUGAGAAUCAUUUUCAAGAGAUUUUGUUUUUGGAAUAUAUGCUUGAAAUCUGAGGUACACAGUCCCCACUUUGAAAGUUCAAAAAUAAUAGGAAUGUUCUUUAAUUGUGGAAGCUUCCAGACCUGUUUAGUGUUUUGACCAUCCAGGUCAAGUAUGCAGAAAAAAAGCAUGUGGCCACUAGGGGACAGUGUGGGUUUAGAGUAAUUGGAUCAAGCACUCAUACUGAUGAACCAUGAUUGUCUAAUAAGCAGUAAAUGCCUACUUGACCAAGUAAAUGUUUCAUAUGCAAGUUUAACAGAGGCUUAAAACACCAGAACCACAGUAUACUGUUUUUUUUUUCUACAUUAGGGCAGUGAAAUGAGGGAUGCUUUACCCAAUGCAGGAGUUGUCUGUUUCAAUGUUACUAUUUGACAAUUUCUAAGCUUUGGGAAUAUAAAAUUGCUGCAUUGAGAAAGAUUCCCUUCGUUUCAGCCUUAUUGGGCUUUGAGGUGUUCCCAUCAGCAACUCUACUUCACAAUACAAACAGUACAAACAGUGUUUAGAAUGCAUAGAUGGAGCUUUAUGUUCCACUGACUGACUGAAUGAAUGAGUUUAGGUAAGUUGAAGUCAUGUUUCUGCCUGAAUCAAUAAUAAUAUAAAUUUUAUUUUUUUACACCCUGUGCUCGGCUUGUGGAAUGAAUCUGCACUUGCACCCCUAGUACUUACCUGCAAUAAUCCUCUGCAGCAAGCUGAUGCUUCGACAGUGCCAACAUCUGCACGGUUUAAACGUGCAGAGGUAUUCUUUUUGUUCUCGUCAUUGGUUUCAGUGUUCCUUCGUGUUUGUAUGCGAGUGUUAGGAUCCAUGAUUCAGAUUUGUUAAAAGUUUUUACUUUUUUUCCUGCGUUUGAGUCUGAAUACUGAGGGUAUCAGUGUCUUCAUGUAAUGCCUGUUCACAUCCUCAGGUUUGAGAGAUGCAUUGAGCGCCACAAUAUCACACGUUUAUGUGUGUGCAAUACGUACCUCUACGUAGUUGUAGAGUAAGUGCAGCAAGAUUUGUGCAGUCAACUGGUUUCUUUAUAUGUUCCAUGAACUACUUCCAGGAAGACCUCAAAUGACGUACUGUGUUACUAGCAGCCAAUGGAAAACACUGUAACAACGUGCAUGAACUAUGCGUCAUGUUUUAAAUAGAAGAACUUUCCUUUUUCGUUACCAUUUUUACUUGACACUACAUAAUGAAAAAGGCAAUAUGUUUUUUUUUGUUUUUUUUUGUAAGAUGAAGCCCUUUUCAAUAAACUUCAAAAAUAUAAAUAAA